AUGGAACAUUUCGAUAUUGCAGUUGUUGGACUUGGCGUGCUUGGAAGUGCGGCUGCGUACCAGGCCGCUCUAAGAGGCAAGAAAGUAGUUGCAUUCGAGCAGUUCGAGCUAGGCCAUGUGCGCGGAGCCUCCCAUGACACAUCCCGAAUCGUCAGGACAGCAAACGCAUCGCCUGAAUAUGUUUCUCUCGCUAAAUCCGCCUACAGGGACUGGGCCGACCUGGAAAAGGCUACGGACCAACAGUUGUUAACGAUCACCGGUGGUGUUAUGUUUUUCCCCGAGGGCGCAAACCCUCCACGUCUUGACUAUACGACAAGCCUCGACGCCAAAAACGUGCCAUAUGAAGUUCUGGGUUCCAAAGAAGUCAACAAGCGUUGGCCCCAGUUCAACAUCCCGCACACGGUCGAGACGGUAUAUACAGCCGACACUGGCAUUGCUCAUGCGGCCAAGACAGUCCUAGCUAUGCAAAGUCUAGCAAGGACAAAUGGUGCACUUUUGAAGGAGCACACACGAGUGGACCGUGUGACGCCAAGGAAAUCAGGCACGGGUGUUGUAAUCGAAACAUCCAAGGGACAAUUCCACGCAGCCAAAGUCAUUCUCGCCACCGAUGCAUGGACCAACAAGCUCCUUGUUCCCCUUGGUGUACACAUUCCAUUGACGGUGAUGCAAGAGCAAGUGACAUAUUUCAAGCCGACGGAAGAACAAUCCUGGGAACCUGGGCGUUUUCCCGUGUGGAUCUGGAGCGGCGAUCCCUGCUUCUAUGGGUUCCCAUCUUUUGGCGAACCGACUAUCAAGGUAGGCCGCGAUACUUCAAACAAUUUAAUGACACCUGAGCAACGUACCUAUGUCCACUCGCCACAGUUGCUGGAGCAGCUUUGUUCGUUUAUGGGCAAUUUCAUACCCGACAAGGACCGUCAACCACUUCGUACUAUCACUUGUCAAUACUCUAUCACUCCGGAUCGACAGUUCAUUAUUAGUCCGUUGGAAAAGUACCAGGAUAUUAUUGUUAGUCUCGGGGCUGCCCAUGCGUUCAAAUUUGCGCCUGCAUUUGGUCGUGCUCUUGCGGAGUUAGCAAUUGAUGGGAAGAGUACGGAGGAUCUUUCGGAGUUUAGUAUUCCGAGUAGCUCUACUUCUACUAGCAAGCUCUAG